GGAGAUCUUCCGCUUGAUCGGUUGCUAAGUAACCGUCUGUUUUGGUGCAUACGUUGAGAAAUAGACUCGGGCGAUAAUUUUUCAUCAAAAGAGGUUUACGGAUAAUAUUUUUGUCGUAAUAUUUUUACGGAUUAUAUUUUUUUGCUCUUGUCGUUGUUUUAUCGUUGGUUUGUUUUGUUUGUUGCUCAAAUCGUGCGGUGAGUGUUUUUCACCUGAUGGCGGGCGAUAUUCCCAGCAUUCCUCAGCUGGAGUUGGAAGCUGUCAUCGGAUUUAACGGCCGUGUUCCUUCAGGCCUGAGACUCCAUCCAGACAAACAACACCUCAUCUAUCCUCUGGGAUGCACUGUGAUUCUGAGGAGCAUCAGUGAUGACAAACAGGAGUUCCUGCACGGACACACCAACAAUGUGUGCUGCCUCUCUGUGUCCAGAAGUGGAACCUACAUUGCCUCUGGACAAAUCAACUUUUUGGGAUUUAAGACAACAGUAUUUAUCUGGGACUAUGCACAAAGAUCUGUCUACGCUGAGCUGGUUCUUCACAAGGCCAAGGUUGAGUCACUGGCGUUCUCACCUAAUGACAAGUACUUGGUGUCUUUAGGAGGUCAAGACGACGACAGCAUAGUGGUUUGGAACAUUGAGACCAAACAGGCCAUCUGCGGGAGCACGGCAACAUCUCAUGUCGCCAGGCACUGCCUUGUAGUGCAAUACUCCAACACAGAUGAUAACGUCUUUGUUUCUGCUGGGAGUGGAACUUUGCGAGUUUGGGAACUGGAUGUCGCCAACAGAAAGAUUAGACCCACUGAGUGUAAAUUAGGUAAACUUCAGAGGAAUAUUAAAUGUGUGGAGAUCUCAAACGAUGAUCAAUUCCUCUUCUGUGGAACCACCAGUGGGGACAUACUAAAAGUCAACCUCAGAACUGGACUUUUGAGUGACUUUGGUCCAGUUAAAGCAAAACACAGCCUUGGUGUAAGUGUUCUCAGAGUAAUGGAAUCUGGGGACCUCCUCGUGGGUUCUGGAUCCGGCGUCUUAACUUUGUGCUCUAAAACGAACUUUAAAAUGCUCCAGAGCAUCCAGCUGGAGAAAGGAGUGACUUCCAUCACUAUCAAAGACACAGGACAGCAGUUCUUUGUUGGGACAGAAGCUGGCUUAAUCUAUCGCAUGAGCUCUGAUGACUUCAAAGCUGAAGUGGUUUUCACCAGCCACACCAGUGCCGUGAAAGACGUGGUCAUGCCUUUUGGGACAUCUGAACUGUUUGCAACCUGCUCUGAUGAUGACAUCAGACUGUGGCACAUAGACAAACCCAAAGAGCUCCUGCGCAUCCCUGUCCCAAACAUGACCUGCAAUGCCCUGGACUUCAUGAUUGACGGACACAGCCUCAUCAGCGCCUGGAACGAUUGUAAGAUUCGCGCAUUUGGACCUGAAACUGGACGAUUGAUGUUCACAAUCAAUGACGCUCACAAAAUGGGGGUAACAGCCAUCGCUGGCACCAGAGACUGCAAGAGGAUUGUCAGUGGAGGGGGGGACGGACAGGUACGUGUUUGGGAGCUGCUGCCACAUUGCCAUCGGUUGGUGGAGAUCAUGAAAGAGCACAAAGCCACCGUCUCCAGUUUGAAAAUCAAGUCUAACGACAAAGAGUGCGUCACUGCCAGCGUUGAUGGAACCUGCAUUGUCUGGGACCUUGAACGGUUUGUAGGCCUUCAAAGGAUGAUUGCAAACACCGUGUUUCGGGCGAUGUGCUAUCACCCAGAGGAGCACCAGAUCAUCACCAGUGGAACUGACAGAAAGAUUGCGUACUGGGACGUGUAUGACGGCUCUAUCAUUAGAGAACUGGAGGGCUCCCAGUCCGGCGCCAUCAAUGCCAUGCACAUCACAAAGGACGGCGGUUAUUUUGUGACAGGUGGAGAUGACAGGGUGGUGAGAGUGUGGAGCUACAUGGAGGGCGUGGUCACCCAUGUGGGCAUUGCCCAGGGUGGUAGCAUCACCAGUAUGAAGAUCUGCAGUAACAAUCGCAUUUUAGUCACCACCAGCGCAGAUGGAGCCAUCAUGCAAUGGAAGUUCCCUCAUCCUCCCAGCUCUUAAAGUGUUGUUCAAACGUGCACAGAAAAACAGAAUCCUUCGAUCAACUGCACAUUCAUACCUAAAUGUUUUAGAUAGUUUCUUUGACCUAAAUGUUCAGUGAUUUCAGACUUGCACAGUGUGCUGUUUGGUAUUGUCCUUCAAUAUAAGGAAUUUAUUCAACUCAUUAAUCUCUAUUAAAACCUUUUAAUUGAAUGUACUCUUUGUACUAAUCAUCUGAUUUUGUUCAGAUGGAGUUUUGCUUUAAUAAUAAAAUUUACAAUGGGUUUUUUAUGCUGAAUGUUUAGCAUAAUUCAUACAGACACAUAUCUGUAAAAAAACAAAAAGUGCUCAUUUGUGUGCAUCUUUAAAAUAUCCUUUAGCCUCUUAUAGCCUCAUUCUGCUCAUAGUAAAUCAUAGUAGUGUCAAAUUAAAUAUGAAUGAAUUUUUCUGCAGAUGUCAGUAAUAAAACUAUAAAGAAAGAAAAAGUUGGAAAA